AUGCAACAACACUUCCGCCAAAUCUCCACCAUCGGGUUCACUUCUCUCGUCAUGGGCACCUGGGAGAUUCUCCUGACCGCCAGUGGCCCGGCGCUGCAGAACGGCGGUCUUGCAGGCUUGUUCUGGUCAAUGAUCUGGUGUCACGUCGGACAGCUUUUCCUGGUAUUAUCCCUGGCCGAGAUGAGCUCCAUGGCUCCAGCUGCCGGAGGCCAGUACCAGUGGGUCAGCAAAUUUGCACUACGCCGCUACGAGAUGUUCUUGUCUUACUGCAGCGGCUGGUUCUGCUCCGUUGGCUGGCAAGCUCGCUUCGCAUCUACCUGUUACAUGGUUGCAGGCAUCCUCCAGAUGCUUGUCAUACAUAACGGUGACGAUAAUUAUACCUACAGUCGGCCGCAGCGCGGCUUGAUGACAAUCGGUAUAGCCUCUGCGGUGUCAGCCUUCAACAUAUUUGCAGCUGGACAUUUGUCAAUUGCAGAGGGACUGUUUGCCCUCUGUCACGUCUUUGCACUUGUCCCCAUUGUCGUCAGCCUAUGGGUUUUGGCCGACAAGAAUCCCGUCUCGAAUGCUAUUGGGAAUUUCGUGGAUAAUUCACGCUACAUGCCUGACCACAGCAGUGAUUGGGUAUCGACAUCACUGGCAGUACUCGUUGGACAGCCUUGCAGCAUUGUAAGUCACUUUUUCAGACACUCAGGACGCUUCUGACCACAAGACAGUUCAUACUAUUAGGAACAGACGCCGUCACGCACAUCGCAGAGGAGAUUGAAGAGGCGGAUGUGGUUGUCCCGAGAUGUAUACUCUGGAGCUUCAUUGGAAACACGCCUCUGACCAUUCUCACAUUGUUCACGUUUGGUACGUCGAGUCGUCGAGUGUAUAUUUUAUCAGACACACAGCUGAUGUCCUUGACAGUCUUCAACUGUGGACGCAUAGACGUCCUGGUUAGCAAAGAAAGACCACCAUUCGUCCUUAUCUUCCAAAGUGCACUCAACUACCAACCAGCGGUCAAUACCUUCACCGGAGUCAUCAUAGCCCUCAUGUUCAUGGUUGCGACCAGCACAAUGGUGGCAACGUCGAGACACCUCUACUCGUUCGGGUGAGUCGAGGCAUACUUCAUGUUGUUCCCCCUUUCCCACUGACGAGAAAUAGUCGCGACCGAGCAGUCUCCUGCUCAGCUUGGCUCGGUCGAGUUCAUCCACUCUUCAAAGUCCCGUUCAAUGCCAUUCUGUGUACCGUCCUCGCCACGACAGUUCUAUGUGCGGUAUGCAUCAACAGCUCCACUGCCCAGCAUACCAUGAUGUGCUUUUCGACAGCAUCUAUCCACGCCUCCUAUAUUGUCUCCUUGGGGUGUCUGAUUCUCAAACGACUCCGACACGAACAACUACCGCCAGCGAGAUGGACACUGGGUCGAUCAGGACUCUGGAUCAACGUCUUGGCCCUCAUCUACUGCACCUGGGCGGCGUUCUGGUCCUUCUGGCCAAGCCAAUCGUCCGUCAGCCUCACAAACUUCAAUUGGACUCCGGUUCUGUUCGUGUUGGUGCUAGUGGUGGCGGUUACAAUGUUUAUGAACGUACAAUCGCGAGCUACAAAGCGUGCGCUUUCGUUUGAGAGAAUAGCUCUGGGGGCGCGUACAGUGGGCUAG